ACAGCUUGAGGUCAUAAUAUGAGAGUUUAAGUAGGAUUGAACAGCGAACGACCACGAACAAGAAGACUAAUACCCACUUAAAAAUGGUGACAACUAUAUCCUCUAGUAUUCUCGGUGUGUUGCUGUUCAUCGGAUUAUGCUCAUUUUCAAGUGCUACUCAUUUUAGAGGAGCAAUUUUUACAUGGAAUCCAACUUCACAAGCCAAUGAGAUUGAGAUUUCGUGGAGAAUAUCAUGGAGGCGAUCAUAUUCAACAAACCUAUACUGUGAUGCAAGCACGAUAGCAAAUGAAGUGCUAUUGCCAGGCGCUGGGACUCUAGCCUGUGACAGCUCGUGUUUGGAUAGUGUUCCACUGAAUUUUUAUUGCACUGACUUCAGUGAGAAUGAAGACUGGACAUCUGGAGUUAGGACCGUAAUACGCAAUUCUUCAACGCCUUUGUUUGAAAUGAGUUUCACUGGCGGAGAUUGGAUAUCUAGUCUGAUUAUUGGCGCUGAUGGUAACUGGGCACUCAAAAUGUCUGUUAAUUUGACGAUGAGACAUGAUACUGGAAUGCCUAAUUCAUCUCCAAUUUCUUCUAUUACACCAAUUGUUCGGCUUCAGUAUGGUUGCAACCAUACAUUGGUAAUUCCAGUAACUGAUCCGGACGGUGAUACUGUAAGAUGUCGAUGGGCUGUAGGGCAUAGGGAGUGCUCAGAUGUGUGUAGUGGGUUUCCAAAUGCUGUACUCGAUGAGGCUACAUGCACCAUUACAUAUCAGGCCAAGUAUCAGACAGGAUGGUAUGCUGUGGCACUGAUGAUUGAGGAUUUUGGAAGUCCAUUGUCUACUUUACCGUUGAGUCAAAUACCUCUUCAAUUUUUAGUAGAUGUUUACAGUAAUAUUAUGCCUUGUAGUAGUGCACCAUACUUCGUUGAUCCAACACCGAAAGACGGAGCAUGUAUCGCAGUUCCAGAAAACGAGACUUAUCUUCAAGCAAUUGUUGCGGACAGUGGAAUGGAUGGAUCUGGGAUAUCUGAAAUUGUCACCGUCUCACCGUUUGGAUUUUCAAAAUCAGAAGUUGGCCAAGUGCAAAGUGAUAAUCGAUUGUUUUACGUAAAUCUAACAUGGACACCUACUAAGCAACAAGAAGGAGAGAAUAUACUUUGCUUUACUGCUGAAAACACAGAAGGGGUAUCAAGUCCUCAAUCUUGCAUAACACUGGUUGCUGGCAUGACUUCCCCUGCAAUUAUUCCGGAGUUACUUGAACCUAAGCCAGGAGAUAAAAUUGUCUCAAAUCACUCAACAUGGCGGAUGACAUUCGAUAAAGAGUUUGUACGUCCUACAAAACAAACCUUUAUUCGUUUUUACAAUGGAAAUGGCAGCCUUGUGUAUUCAAUAGACGUUUCUUCUAGUCCUGACGCUGUAUAUGAGCCAAUGACAGAUCGUUCCAUUACAUUUAUGACAAAUGGCCUCCAAUUCCUGGAAAAACAGAGCUAUUACAUUUUGAUGGAUGCUGGGGUUGCUACCGGAUUGGAAGCAUGUGGCUCUGAAUCGUCAAUAAUACGAGACCGAUUUUUUUGGACGUUUACAAUAUACACUCCAGCAUGUGAAUGCUUUAACGGCGGAACAUGUCUUACUAAUCACGAUUCCACAAGCACUUGCCAAUGCCCUUAUGGUUUUGUUGGGCCCAAUUGUAAAAGAGUUGUAGGAUACUGCGCUUAUUGUGCUCAGCCGUAAGUAACAAUAUCCACGACACGUCUCCGGCGACUGGAUAACGCGCCAUGUUUUGUAUUGUUAGUUUUAUUUGAUUAACACAGUGCAUACAUGAACUAAAGUAUCACAAACUGGCGCAUGUUCCUGAGUAUGUUGAUAGCAUUAGACAGCAUUUUAUUAUAUAGCACAGGUAUUGUGAAAUUGGGGUUGGUGUGGUGUUUUAAAAUUGUUUUAAACUAUAUAAACGGAAUUAAGCUUCUCAUUUCCAUGUAUAUAUUGUGUGAAUGUUCUUGUGUAACCAUGAUAUAUAGAAGUACGUAAUGUUAACUGGAAUAUAUACAUAGACAUGUUAAGUGCAUAUACCAGCAGUUCUCAAACUAUGAAACUCUUGUUGCGACCCAAAAUUAGGUCGCCAAAUAAAUUAGUUGGUCGCGAGACUCUUUAAGAUUUAAAAAAAAUUAAAUAUCAUGCUAAAAUUUGCUUUAGAAAUAAAGCGCAUUUUAAGUAUCAUUUAAUUUAACAUUUUACUUCAAUUUUGUUUACCAUUUAAAAUGAGCCAUUUUGAGUAGGCCUAUCUAUUGUUUAACGUCCAGGGAAGUGGGUCGCGGCCAAACAUGUGGAGAACCACUGAUAUAUACAUAAUAACAAAGUGCAUUUAUAUAAUAAUAUAUAGUAUAACAUGUUAUACAGUACCUCCGUAAUAUAACAACGAAGUACAUAAGGUAAAAUGGAGUAUACAAAACUUGUUAAUUAAGAGCGUAUAUACCUAAUAACCAAGUACAUUUAUAACAGAAUGUAAGACAUAAUGAAAGUCCUAGCAUUACUUAUAGAAUUAAUGUCAAAGCACUAUCAACAGAAGACCCAUCAGUUGCACUGAUUGACAGAUAGUAGUAGAGGACAAACGUAUUUCAAACCGGAACAUUAUGCUCAACUUAUUCAAUAUCAUGACAUAGUCUUCCAAUUUUAUUACUGUUUAACAUAUUUUAUAUUAUAAUUGUACAGUGGUAAUGGAUAUUAUAUUGAAGUACAUAAAAUAUAUAAAACGAAUUUUAUAUUAUACGUUCAGCAAUGAUCAUAUGCUUGUUAUCGUAAAUAGAUUUUACAGAUACUAUGUCUUCACAAUAAAAAGAAUAUGUUUGUUGAUAUAAACUAAGCAAAUAUUCUUGAGGCUACAGCAAGCCCGUGGCCAGG